AUGUAGUCAGACGCAGUAUUCAGAUCAGCAAAGGGUUGGGAUAAUUUUAGUGAUAAAUAUGCUAGAAGAAUAUAAAAAAAUACAUCUGUAUUUUGUAUGACACUUUUGAACAUGGUACAUUAUGAAGAAGCUGAUAGGUAAAUGAAUGAAAUAAAUAUAAAAGUAUUUUGGAUGCAGGAUGUGGAGCUGGAUAUUUACACUAACAUAUGAUAAAUUAAAAGAAGACUGAAGCUCAUUUAUAUGGAUUUGAUCUAAGUUCCGAAAUGGUUAAGAGAGCUGGAGCAAGGAUGAAAAGAUUUUUAAAAUAAGAGAAAAUAGGGUCUUUAGAUUUAUUAACUUAAGAGGAAGUGAAUUAAGUUAGUUUUGGUAUAUAUAAUUAUAGAUUUAAUUAAUUUAGAUGAUGAAAUAUUUAAUAAAAUAAAUUAUCACUUAUCUGUAGGAAGUGUUGAAGACUUAAGUCAAUAUCAAAAUCAAAUGUUUGACAUUUAUAUUUGCAAUCUUGUCUAUUAAAUAAUAGGAGAUUAAGAUAUAGCCAUGAGAGAAGCAUUUAGAGUAUUAAAACCAGGAGGAAAAAUAGGAAUCACUGUUUGGGGAAGAAAAGAAAACUGUGCAGCUUUAUGGUUUUUAAAAGAGUUAGCUUUUGAAACUGGAUUAUCUCCAGUUGGAAUGUAAGGUGGGAGAUUUGUUUAACAUUCAGAAGAACUUAUUUCUUUAGCUACUAAAGCAGGAUUUAUUAAUUCAAGUUUUAUUUCUAUUUAUUUUUAGUUUGUUGGUAGUAAAUGGUUCCUUUCGAUAUUUUGGGUAUGAAUAAAGUUGAAGAAUUCUUCAAUCCUGAAAUUGAAGGACUUUUAGCUGGAGCUACAUAAGAAUAAAAAGAUUCUUAUUAUAAAGCUUUAGAAAAGAUGAUAAAUGAUUAUAAGAAAGAAAACAAGCCAUUUCCAUUUGAUUGUUAUUUGUUGGUUGCAGAAAAACCACAAUGA